AUGGUGCGAUCACUUCUAUUUCGCAAGCGCCACGAGGCAGAGGAGAUCACGCCCAUUCCGGGUCCUCUCGAGUCGAAUGCGUCGGGCGUUGAUCACCUCCAGCAUCUCCAACAGUUUGAGAAGGCGCACAAGUUGGAUCCGAAUCUCCCCAUCGACGAGCUCAACGAUGUAGACGCUGCUAUCGCAACCGGCAAUGCCGAGAAAGGCAUCGAGAUCGAGCAUGCUCUCAUGGAGGACAACAGUCCCUACCCAGAGGUUCGUGCCGUAGUGCGAAACUACGAUGUCGAUGUUCCCGCCAAUACGAUACGGGCUUGGGUCAUCGGCUUGAUUCUCUGCACCGUCGGCUCCGGUGUCAACAUGCUCUUCUCACUGCGCAACCCGAGUGUCGCUAUCACGACCUAUGUUAUCCAGCUGAUCGCGUACCCAAUCGGCCGUGGCUGGGAUCUCGUCAUGCCAGACCGCGAAUGGAACCUCUUUGGUCUCAAAUUCAAUCUCCGACCUGGCAAGUUCAACUACAAGGAACAUGUCGUCAUUGUCGCGAUGUCCAAUGCGGCGUAUGGCGGCGGAGUUUUGUAUGCGACGGAUGUUCUUAUCGCGCAAAAGGUCUUCUACGGUCAGGACUUCGGCAUCGCGUUCCAGCUUCUCUUCGGCAUCACCACGCUCUGCACUGGCUAUGGCUUGGCCGGCCUGGCUCGGCGCUUCUUGGUUUGGCCUGCAGCUAUGAUCUGGCCCGCGGAUCUGGUCAACUGCGCCUUGUUCUACACGCUCCACGACCAUUCGAUAUCAGACCCCUCGAAGACUAACGGCUGGUCCAUUGGCCGCUACAGGCUCUUCCUGAUCAUAGGCUGUGGCGCCUUCAUCUACUACUGGUUUCCCGGCUGGAUCUUCAGGGGCCUCUCUGUGUUCGCCUGGGUCUGCUGGAUUGCACCCAACAACGUUGUCGUGAAUAAGGUCUUUGGCGGGCAGCACGGCUACGGUCUGAUGCCGAUUACAUUCGAUUGGAGCAUCGUCAGCGGCUUUGUCGGCUCGCCACUGAUUCCCCCCUUCCAUGCCAUUGCUAAUGUCCUUGGAGGAAUCAUCGUCUUUUUCGUCUUCGUCUCCAUGGGCAUCCAUUUCAGCGGCACUUGGUACGCCGACUAUCUGCCUGUGCAGUCGUCCGAGUCCUAUGACAACAGGGGCAACAUCUACAAUGUCAGUCGCAUUCUCGACGCAAAUUUCGAGUUCAACGAGACGGCAUACAAAGAAUACUCUCCUCUUUACCUUUCAACGCAGUUCGCCAUGGCGUACGGCCUGUCAUUUGCCGCCAUGUCUGCUGUCAUCAUUCACGUCGGACUUUACCACGGAAAGGAAAUCUGGAGACAAUUCAAGAUGGCUCGCCAUCAGGAGGACGAUGUUCACAUGCGCCUCAUGAAGAAGUACCGCGAUGCUGAGGACUGGUGGUAUGCUGCUCUCUUCGUGGUCAUGGUGGCCAUCUCCUUUGGAGUCGUUGCAGGUUGGCCCACUGGGUUCCCGGCUUGGGCGUAUGUCGUCUGCAUGAUGUUGCCCAUCAUCUGGCUCAUCCCGAUUGGCCUCAUUCAGGCAAUUACCAACAUCCAGCUCGGGCUCAACGUUUUGACCGAAUUCAUCAUUGGCUACAUGGUCCCCGGACGACCCCUGGCCAUGAUGAUGUUCAAGAACUACGGCUACAUCUCCAUGUCGCAGGCCCUCUACUUCUCCCAAGACCUCAAGCUUGGCCAUUACAUGAAGGUGCCCCCUCGGGUCAUGUUUGCUUCUCAGCUCAUCGCCUCAGUCUGGUCGGCCAUCGUGCAGAUUGGCGUUAUGAACUGGGCGGUCAGCAAGAUCCCCGACGUGUGCAGCCUUGAUCAGCCGAAUAACUAUUCGUGCCCGAACGGCCGCGUCUUCUAUACCGCUUCGGUCGUCUGGGGUGCCAUCGGGCCAGCCCGUAUUUUUAGCCACGGCGCGACGUACGCAUCUCUUCAGUGGUUCUGGCUCGUUGGUGCGAUAACACCUAUUGUUACCUGGUUGCUGGCCCGGCGCUGGCCAAAGUCCAUCUGGCGAUAUAUCUGCACACCGGUCAUUUACGGUGGCACGGGGCUGCUGCCACCCGCCACCGUCUACAUCUUCCUCUGCUGGGGCGUCGUCGGCAUCAUCUUCAACCACUUCAUUAAGCGUCGCUACACGGGCUGGUGGUUGCAGUACAACUACAUCGUGUCGGCUGCUCUGGACUGCGGCCUCAUUCUCUCAACACUUCUCAUCUUCUUCACCUUGUACCUGACAAGUCAGAAAAAGCCAGACUGGUGGGGCAAUGUCGGUGCGUUCCAGACGUUGGAUUUCGAGGGCAAGGCCAUUACCAGGCAUCUCAUGCCAGGCGAAACGUUUGGACCCUCAGUAUUCCCUUGA